AUGACUGCCAUUCUUCCUCCAGGCCUACUGGGCUCGCUAAAUGGAAACUCUACAGCAGGAUCCACGCCUGCUCCUGAAACGGCCGACAUUGACAAGUUCGGUCUCAAGGGCAUCUCACUGCUCGUUAAAAUGGACCAGACAGACCAAAACAGCAGCGCCAUAGGACAAGAUCUCGGGCUCAUGGGACUCGAUCUCAGCGAGGACCUGGAAAUCUUAAAAAACUUAGCUUCUCCAUGGCAGGAAACGUCCAGAUCUGAGGUGGAGCCCUUCUUCUCCUUGCAUGAGUCCAUCCUACAGAAGAACAUUGUUCCUCCACCAGAACCUUGUGACACCAAGAUUCUGUCGUUUAUGGAUGAGACACUUUUCUACAUUUUUUACACCAAGCCGCGUGACACUCUCCAGGAGUACGCUGCCCGCGAGCUCGUGGCCAGAAACUGGAGAUAUCACCGGGAUAUUCAGGUGUGGUUGACCAAAGACAGCAAUGUUGAGCCUGUGCUCAUCAGUCCCGACGUGGAGCGAGGAGUUUACAUCUUCUUUGAUCCACACAACUGGGAGAAGAUCCGCAAGGAGUUUGUUCUUCACUACCUGUCGGUGCAGGCGUAA